AUGGAUUUCGUUGCGCUACCAAAGAUAGAGCUUCACGCUCACCUCACAGGAAGCAUCUCUCGCCGAACUCUCCAUGAAAUAUGGCUACGCAAGAGGGCAGCGGGCGACACGGACCUCGAAGAUCCGCUAGUAGUCAUGCCAGAAGGGAAACAUGACUACAACUUGGAGACCUUCUUCCCGCUAUUCAGCAGCUAUAUAUACAACCUCAUCACAGACGAAGAGUCUAUCCGAUACACCACUACCUCUGUCCUGACAGACUUUCUCAACGAUGGCGUCUGCUAUCUGGAGCUCCGGACUACGCCCCGUGCUACACCACACAUUUCAGCAGAGCAGUACAUCACCAUCCUCCUCUCAACCAUCUCCUCCUUCGAGGCCAAGAACCCACAGUUGCAUACUCGCCUCAUCCUGGCCAUCGACCGGAGGCACAUCCUCGAACAGGCCUCUUCCACCCUCGCUAUCGCUCUCAAGCAUCGUGCCGACGGCGUCGUAGGUCUCGACCUCUGCGGGGACCCAACAGCCCGGCCAGGAGGAGAAGUAGACAUAUUCACACCGGUGUUUGAGGAGGCGAGGAAGGAGGGUUUGGGUAUCACGGUGCACUUUGCCGAGGCCGAGGCCAGCGGGUCUAAGAAGGAGUUGGAGACGCUGCUCUCGUGGCAGCCAGGGCGGUUGGGGCAUGUCAUAUGGGAAGAUGAAGAGACCAAGAAGGAGAUUGCGCGGAGGGGGUUAUGCUUGGAGCUAUGUCUGAGUUGCAACGUGAGUGCAGGGAUGGUUCGAGGCGGCUUCGAGGGCCACCACUUUGGGCAUUGGAUAGGCAUUGAAGGGCCGAUGAUUUCACUUGGGACUGACGAUGUGGGCGUGUUUGGAAGCCCGUUGUCCAACGAGUAUCGUCUCGUCGCGGAGCAUUUCAACCUCGACCGCGACGACAUCUGCCGACUGGCUAGGGAGGCGAUUGAUGGAAUUUUUGGAGGGGAGAAGGAAAAGGAGAGACUGCGGCGUGUCAUGUGGACUGUGUGGUCAGCUGUGGACCGUGACUCUGAGAAAUAG